AUGAGCGGGGAGCCUAGGACAAUCGUCUGCAAAGCGGCAGUCGUCAUGGCCGCGGGUCAGCCUUUCGAGAUUAUGGAGGUCAAUGUCGCUCCACCGAAAAGGGGAGAGGUUCGCAUCAGGAUACUCUACGCCUGUCCGUGUCACACGGACGAAAUUACCCAAAGAGGCGUCGAUCCUACCGCAGUAUAUCCAUGCAUUUUGGGUCACGAGUCAUGCGGGCAGGUUGAGUCUAUCGGCGAAGGUGUAACGACCUGCAAACCAGGGCAAAAAGUCAUCCCUCUUUGGGAGGGUGUUAUGCCUCUGGACAACACCUCACGUUUUACCACCAAAGACGGACAAUCGAUAUACCACUUUAUGGGCACAUCAAGCUUCUCACAAUACACCGUGGUGCCUCAGGAGUGCGUUGCCGUUAUCCCGGAUGAUAGCCCCAUGGACCAAAUGUGUGUGUUAGGGUGCGGAGUGCCGACUGGCAUGGGAGCAGCUAUGAAUACAGCGAAGGUCGAGAAAGGCUCCACAGUGGCUGUCUACGGCCUCGGCUGUGUUGGACUGGCCUGCGUGGAAGGAGCCCACCUGGCUGGCGCUAAGGAGAUCAUUUGUGUGGACAUAAACGAUAUCAAACUGGCCAUGGCAAAGGACUUUGGAGGGACAAAAUUCAUAAAUCCAAAGAAUUACGAAAAGCCAAUUCAAGAUGUUAUUAUUGAAAUGACCAAUGGCGGCGUGGACUUUGCCUUCGAGUGCACCGGCAACACAACUGUCAUGCGCAAUGCCGUUGAGAGUACUUGCAAGGGAUGGGGCCUCGCCGUCAUCGUGGGCAUCGGUGAGGCAGGCAAAGAGAUUAGUACCCGCCCUUAUCACUUCAUUGUUGGGAGGCAGCUCAAGGGAUCUGUUUUCGGUGGCUGGAGGUCUCGUGACGAUGUUCCCAAGCUUGCAGAGAAAGUAAUCAACGGAGAACUGAAAUUGGGAAAAUAUUGUACCCAUCGCAUGAAGUUUUCCCAGAUUAAUGAGGCAUUUGAUCUGCUGAAACGGACGGAAUGUAUCCGCUGUGUUAUGGACAUGCAGCAAUAG